AACACAACCAAUAACGAACCCAUCAAGGCAUCAUAAGCACAUUUCCUCCAACUCCAGUAGUAAAGGAACACAACACUCUAAUAUCAUGGCUUUUCCUUCUUCUUCUCCAUUCUCUCUAUUCUUCUUACUCCUCUCUUUUUUUGUUUUCGCUUCAUCGGACGACGCUCCACAAACCUACAUCAUCCACGUGGCGCAAUCCCAGAAGCCCAGCCUCUUCACCUCACACACAACCUGGUACUCCUCCAUCCUCCGCUCCCUCCCUCCCUCUCCCCACCCCGCCACCCUCCUCUACACCUACUCCUCCGCCGCCUCAGGCUUCUCCGUCCGCCUCACCCCAUCCCAAGCCUCCCACCUCCGCCGCCACCCCUCCGUCCUCGCCCUCCACUCCGACCAAAUCCGCCACCCCCACACCACCCACACCCCGCGCUUCCUCGGCCUCGCCGACUCCUUCGGCCUCUGGCCCAACUCCGACUACGCCGACGACGUCAUCGUAGGGGUCCUCGACACCGGAAUAUGGCCGGAGCUCAAGAGCUUCUCCGACCACAAUCUCUCCCCAAUCCCCUCCUCAUGGAAAGGCUCCUGCCAGCCCUCACCAGACUUCCCUUCCUCCCUGUGCAACAACAAAAUCAUCGGCGCCAAAGCCUUCUACAAAGGCUACGAAUCCUAUCUCGAAAGACCAAUCGACGAGUCUCAGGAAUCGAAGUCACCACGCGACACCGAAGGCCACGGCACGCACACCGCCUCCACCGCCGCGGGCGCCGUCGUCUCCAACGCAAGCCUCUUCCACUAUGCACGGGGCGAAGCGAGAGGAAUGGCUACGAAGGCAAGAAUCGCAGCCUACAAGAUCUGCUGGAAGCUCGGUUGCUUCGACUCCGACAUCCUCGCCGCCAUGGACGAGGCCGUCUCUGACGGCGUCCACGUCAUCUCACUCUCCGUCGGCUCUUCCGGCUACGCGCCUCAGUACUACCGCGACUCGAUCGCCGUGGGAGCGUUCGGCGCUGCCAAACACAACGUUCUCGUCUCGUGCUCCGCCGGAAACUCUGGACCUGGUCCUUCCACUGCUGUUAACAUAGCACCGUGGAUUUUAACCGUCGGAGCUUCCACCGUCGACAGAGAGUUUCCGGCAGACGUAAUUCUCGGAGACGGAAGAGUCUUCGGUGGCGUGUCUUUGUAUUACGGUGAAAGCUUACCUGAUUUUAAGCUUCCAUUAGUUUAUGCUAAAGAUUGUGGAAGCAGGUACUGUUACAUAGGGUCUCUAGAAUCUUCCAAAGUGCAAGGAAAAAUUGUUGUUUGUGAUAGAGGAGGGAAUGCCAGAGUUGAAAAAGGUAGUGCAGUAAAACUUACUGGUGGGUUGGGAAUGAUUAUGGCCAACACUGAAGCCAACGGUGAAGAGCUUCUUGCAGAUGCGCAUCUUUUAGCAGCUACUAUGGUGGGUCAAACCGCAGGAGAUAAGAUUAAGGAGUAUAUAAAGCUGAGUCAGUACCCAACAGCAACGAUUGAGUUUAGAGGAACUGUGAUUGGUGGUUCUCCUUCUGCUCCUCAAGUUGCUUCCUUUUCUAGCCGUGGACCGAACCAUCUUACGUCGCAGAUUCUGAAACCUGAUGUUAUUGCUCCUGGUGUUAACAUUUUAGCAGGGUGGACUGGGCGUGUGGGUCCCACGGAUUUGGACAUUGAUCCUAGGAGGGUCGAGUUUAACAUAAUUUCGGGGACUUCUAUGUCGUGCCCUCAUGCGAGUGGCAUUGCUGCAUUGCUUAGGAAGGCUUAUCCAGAGUGGUCACCUGCGGCGAUUAAGUCUGCAUUGAUGACCACUGCUUAUAAUGUGGAUAAUUCUGGUGGGAACAUUAAGGAUCUUGGAAGUGGGAAGGAGUCAAAUCCGUUUAUUCAUGGUGCUGGACAUGUUGAUCCUAAUAGGGCACUUAACCCUGGUUUGGUUUAUGAUUUGGACUCUAAUGACUAUUUGGCGUUCUUGUGUUCUGUUGGGUAUGAUGCUAAUCAGAUUGCGGUUUUCACUAGAGAGCCUGCUGUUGAAAGUGUUUGUGAAGGGAAAGUGGGGAGGACUGGGAAGUUGGCUAGUCCCGGUGACUUGAAUUACCCUUCAUUCGCGGUGAAGUUGGGUGGGGAAGGUGAUUUGGUUAAGUAUAGACGGGUUGUUACGAAUGUGGGAAGCGAGGUUGAUGUUGUUUACACUGUUAAGGUGAAUGCUCCACCUGGUGUUGGUGUUGGUGUUUCUCCCAGCACGCUUGUGUUCAGUGGCGAAAACAAGACGCAGGCGUUUGAGGUCACAUUUAGUAGAGCUAAGUUGGAUGGUUCUGAGAGUUUUGGAUCCAUUGAAUGGACUGAUGGAAGUCAUGUUGUGAGGAGUCCAAUUGCUGUUACAUUGAGUGCUGCAUAUUCAUCAUCCAUUUGAAUGAAUUGCUGUGGAGACACGUCUUUCUCAGGCUAUGGAUCAUUGGAUUUAGUCUCUUUGUAAUUUUUAUCAUGUUUGCUUAUUGUACAAACGACAGAAUAACGACUUCGAAGUAGUUGAUGAAGGGCUUCUGAUAAUUUGGGGAAAUCAGAUGUGAUUUUUAAGAUAGUUGGAUCAGAUUAUUGUGGUUUCAUUACACGUCUCAUUUGAUUGAUAUAAAGGUUAUGUCAUGCUAAGCGAGAUGUAUAUGGCAGCACUGCAGCUAGAUGGAUUUGCCGAAAUAUACUAGGGACAUUUGAAUCUUGCAAGCCUUUUCUGGCUUAUCUCUAACUGAUGUCAAUUGGGGUCGGAUGGAGCGGUGAACCCUCAUCAUCAAUUUGAAUUGCACUCGGGUGUUGCUGUGGAAACACAUCAUUCAUUCACAGGUGAUGGAUUUAGUCAAGUCUCUUUAUAAUUUUCUGUAAUCGUAUUGCCUUAUUGUAAAAACUAUAAAAUACGUUUUAGGUGUGCUCUUUCUUGCAAGUGUACUCAGGAACAACUUUGAAGCAGUUGACGAAGGGGUUCUAAUAAAUUAUUGAACUAAAUGAUCGGAAA